UUUUUCUUCUCCUUGCUGCCUUCGCUCUGAGAGUCACAACAGCGUCAAUUGAGGCAAACCUUACCGUACAGCAGAACUCUACUUUAGAGACCUGGAUGGCAGAAAGAACUGCCAUGCCGCUGCGUGUGACGGAGACAGGAAGCAUGAUAUCGGGUGGCAUUAAGCAAAGUGGGGACAGUUGUUUUCCUGGCUGGUACCCAUAUGGAUCCAGAUGCUUCAAGUUCUUCUCCUCACCAAAGACCUGGAUUGAUGCAGAGAAUUAUUGUUUGUAUUUUGGUGCCAACCUCGCGUCCAUCCACAACCCAGGGGAAUAUGAAUUCAUCACGGAACUUGCAUCAACGAACUCUUACCCCAGCUUCUGGAUUGGUGGCUCAGAUGCUGUUAAGUCCUUAAAGUGGUUAUGGAGUGACGGAUCCAUCGUUUACUACAAUAACUGGGCCAGUGGUGAGCCGAAUGAGUCGAAAGGGCUGGAAAACUGCAUUGAAAUGCUCUCCAAAGGGUGGAAUGAUCGGAGUUGUGGAGUCAGUUCUCCCUUCAUCUGUGCAACAAGACCAGAUAGACCAAUUUAACCAACUGGAAUCAAAGUGUGUUGGGUGUGUUGUUCUCCACAGGCAGCACAGGACUGCAAGUUUAUAACCUUUGUAGAUCAUAUGAAACCCAACCAGAACCAACCGUAACAUUUCUGUAAUCAGCUUUUCCUCUAAUGUCAAGACAGUCUGCUUUAUGACCAUUAACAGGUUUUUUUGUCUUGUAGCAGUUAUGUUCUGUCAACGUUUCCUUUGGUCUUAACGCAACAUUUUGGAUGUGAUUGAAGAGAGGUGGGAGGAAGGUGCAGGUAGUGCAGGCAAGACUUGAGUGCAAACUUACACAUAUUAGUUUGAAUAUUACAGGGAAAUCCGAUGAAGACUAGACGGUUUGUAGGAGUUUGUCAUCUUCCAGCUGGACCGUUUGGCACCUGAACCUCUUUUUUAAAGCCUUCGUGCUGCGGCUCACCACAAUAAUGCUCUGUGGUGUUUGCAUAGAGACUUAGAGGCAGCGUAUGCAGCAGGUGACUCACAUGUUAAAAAUCUCUGACUCAAGUGGGACUUAAAAAUCAACCUGAAGGAGGGUUUUGUUUGGUUGUUUGGAAUGACAAACAUAGAGGAAG